AUGCCAGAUAAGCACUCAACUAAAAAUUUAAUUUAUUCUCGUCCUUUUAAGUCAUCAACUCUCCUCGGACGCGACGUCAAACCAAAGGUUUCUUCAGUCUCUCGCUCGUUUCGAGCUCAUCGCAUAGAUCAGCGCGUUUUCUCGGCAACCAAACGAGUUAUUGUGGAAAUUAGAUCAGGCGAACGCGGAAGCCAGAGAGAGCGAGACCGUGAAAGGGCUCAAGCCAGAUCUGGCGGGAAAUCCAAGCAGCCCAAAAACGAUGGAUUAACCCCCGAACAACGCCGACAAAGGGACGCCAAAGCGCUUCAAGAAAAGGCGGCGAAGAAGGCGGCGCAGGCGGGAGGGGUCAGCGGCGGUAAAAAUUGA